CUCGUUUCAGGUUGUCCACCUCCUCCCCCGCCCUCCCCACCUCCCGGCCGCGAUGGCGCUCUCGCUCUCCGCGCUGCGCGACAUGGCGCGCCUCCCGCGUCCGAGCUCCCUCCCGCCCUCCACGCUGCUCCUCGAAACGCCGGCCGCCAUCGCCAUCUUUGACAAGUAUCCCAAGGCCGCAUAUCAUGUGCUUGUGCUGCCGCGCCUGCCGCUGCCGCCGCCGCUGGAAGGCAGUGAGCGGGACCUGCAUGACCUCGCGUCUCUGCUGCGCAGCCGCGCGCCGCGCGCCGUACUUGAUGCGCUGGCCGAGGCCGCGGCGGAGGUCGAGGAGAUGAUCAAGGACGAGAUGGUCAAGACCACGGGGAAGGCGUGGGGCGUGCAUAUGGGCUUUCAUGCCGUGCCAUCGAUGCACCACCUCCACCUCCACGUCAUCUCCGACGACCUCUGCCACCCCUCCCUCAAAACGAAGAAGCACUACAACUCGUUCCGGCCCGACCUGGGGUUUCUCGUAAGCCUGCGCCAAGUGCGCGGCUGGAUCGACGCGGGAGAAGCGCGUGCGCGCGCAGAAACCCUGCCAGCCAAAGAAGCCCUGCUCAAGGCGCCGCUCACAUGCUUCAAAUGCGGCAAGGCGGCGGCGUCAAUGCCUGCACUGAAGGCGCAUCUUGAGGCGGAGUUUGAUGAGGAGAAGAAGAGAUAGAUGCAGACGUUAGACACAGAUGUACAUAUGUACAUCUGACAUGCCUC